AACCAAACAACCUAAAUAACUCGAUUCAAACAGAGUUACUGAUAUUUGUGUUUUGUGAAAUUACAAAAAUGGAAGAACACGUUAACGAAUCAAUGAACAAAUCCGAUGUAACGUUUGAUAAUCUUAUCAUUCUAAAGGAAUUCAGUAAUAUUGUAAAUCAUGUGAGCGAUGAGGAGUUUCUUGAAACGGUGCCUAAAACAAAAAUGAAGCGAGUAAAAUGGGUGCCAAUGUUCAACUGCUUGAAACAAGGAAUUCUGGAUGAAAUGAUACAGGAAAUGAAUGCUAUGUGGGCCUCAGAAAACUUACCACAAAAGUUGGAAAUUUUACAGAAACAGCAAGCGAAAUAUAGUCACAAAGAUUCAAACACAACAUUAUGGAGGCCUCAGCUAGGUGAUGUCAAAAGCCAAUUGAAAGCUCAUGAUGUUGCAAACUUACAAAAACAAAAAAAAGUGCUGGAAGGCCUAGCGAAAGAGUAUGAAGCCAGAGUCAGCAAACUAAAAAAGAUUCUUUCUGCUAAGCGAGGAUACAUCAAAGCAUUGAAAAUGGAUGUUGCCAAAUAUCAGAAGAAGAAUGAAAGCACUGUUUCUAAAAUCAGUGAAAGACUUGAGAGCCAUGAGCAGCGAAUUAAGAUAAUUAUACCCACCAAGCCAGAUCUUGAGAUAAACUGGGCAGAUGUGGACCAUGAUGAGGAAAUUGAAAAUGCAUGACCAUUUUAUUGGAAUAAAAUUUAUAUUUCAGAAAAUUGUACACACCUGAGAAAAAGUACAGUGAAUUUUAAUAAUAAGUGUAUUUAUUUAACUCAAUUACUUCAGAAUCUAUGUAAUACGUUUACUAAGAUGUAGAUGAAAAAUAUAGAUAAUAAAAUUUUAAAUUUAUAAUAUCACACUGAUUAGUUAACACAGGUGUAAUCUUGGAGUGAACGUUUAUCAGCUAACUACUUAGAGAAUACACAAAAUGAGGACUAAGUGUACUUGAAUUUUAUAGUAACAUUAAAUUGAUAAAGAAAAGCUUCCAGUGAAUGAUAAUGACUCAGAAAAAUAUACUUUGAAAGAAGAGUACAUAAAAACUUCAUACACCAUUCAUUAAACUACAAAGUUACAAAAUGAAAAAAAUAUCUUAAAUGCAAACCUAACUGAAAAUAAAACAAAAUAAACUUAUUAUUUUUAAUAGCAAUAUUUAUUCAUGAAAAUUAUUUGAUAUUGUUAACAUAGCUAAAAAAUAUAAUUGUACAAUGCAAAAUUUGCAUAUAAUUUUAUGUUAUAAUAUAGCAAUUGCACUAUUGUUGCGAGGACUA